AACGCGGCGAGCUCUGUUGAGUGAAUGAAAACGCGUCGCACAAUAGAAACAGAGGCAGCCCCCCAACUUGCAGAGCGAGCGCCAACAGUGGGCGGUCGAGCAACAAGCAGCGCGAGAGAGAGAGAGCAGUCCAGCAGUGAUCCGAGAUGGGGGGCGGUGAUGCAGACAACGGCAAGAAGAUUUUUGUGCAGAAGUGCGCCCAGUGCCACACCGUCGAAUCGGGGGGCAAGCACAAGGUUGGCCCCAAUCUAAGCGGCAUUGUGGGACGCAAAUCCGGCAGUGCUGUGGGCUACAAGUACACGGAUGCCAAUCAAAAGAAGGGCGUCACUUGGACCGAUUCUACGCUGGACGAAUAUCUCAAGGACCCAAAGAAAUAUAUACCUGGCACCAAGAUGGUUUUUGCAGGACUCAAAAAGGCCGAAGACCGGGCCGAUUUGAUUGCCUACCUCAAACAAAAUAAGUAAAACAUUUCGAAACAACAGCUACACAGACACUAACACUA